GGUGGAAAUUGCGCAUAUUUGUGUGUUCAUAUUUGCAUUGCACCUGUCGUUGCUUAUCAGCUGUGCGAAUUCUUUAUUUGAAAGUGAAUCUUUAAAGAUCUUUUUUUGAAAAUGUUACGUUACUGUAGUAUCUUAUUGCGCCGCAAUUGUCCACAAUGGAGUAAUUCAAGAAAGUUCCACCGAGGGAACAUUCUGGCAAGUGUGAAACCGGAUAAUUAUCCCUUGGAGGGAAUCAAAAUUUUGGACCUAACUCGAAUCGUGGCCGGUCCCUAUUGUACGAUGGUUUUAUCGGAUUUGGGAGCGGAAGUUUUCAAGAUCGAGCGACCGUUUUACGGAGAUGAAUCCCGAAAGUGGGGUCCCCCAUUCCUGCAAGAUUCAGUUGAUUCGGUUUACUUCAUGGCGUCGAAUCGAAACAAGAAAAGCGUAUGCGUGGAUUUGAAGAAGGGAAAAGACGUGAUUUAUGACCUGGCUCGAAAGUGUGAUGUCCUGGUGGAGAACUAUGUUCCUGGAAAGUUAGAUAAAUUUGGGCUAGGAUACGAAGACCUGAAGAAGAUUGCUCCCUCGCUGAUUUACUGUUCUAUUACGGGAUACGGGUCGGUAGGACCAUAUAAAGGCAAACCUGGUUACGAUGUGAUUGCUGCAUCAAUGGGAGGCUUACUUCACAUCACCGGAAGUGAAAAUGGUGCCCCAGCUAAAGUAGGAGUUGCCAUAACGGAUAUUGCUACAGGACUAUAUGCGCAUGGAGCUAUUCUGGCUGCGUUGUUACAGCGAUACAGAACAAAUCGCGGUCAAAAAAUUGAUGUCAAUUUAUUCUCGACACAAGUGGCCUCUCUCAUCAAUGUGGCCAGUAAUUAUUUGAACGCAGGAAAGGAAGCUAAACGCUGGGGAACGGCGCAUGAAAGUAUUGUUCCUUAUGAAGCUUUUCCCACUAGCACCGGUCAUAUCACGAUUGGUUGUGGAAGCAAUGCUCAGUUUGAAGCACUUUGCAAUUACCUGGAGAUUCCGGAGGUCGCCAAAGACUAUCGUUUCGUAACCAAUCAAACCCGCGUCAAGCAUCGUCAAGAGUUGAUUUCUAUUCUAACACCAAUAAUUCAGCAGCGUACCUCUGCCGAAUGGAUGAAUAUAUUUGCCAAUGCACCAUUUCCAGUAGGACCUAUCAAUAGCAUGGCAGAUGUUUUCCACGAUCCGCACAUUCAAGCAAUUGAACUGGUGAAGAGUCUCGAUCAUCCUACAGCGGGAAAGGUGAGGGUUGUUGGCCCUCCGGUCGUGUACAGUGAAGCCAGCAAUCAAGCACAGAGUGCCCCGCCCCUCCUGGGAGAACAUACUGAUUUGGUUCUACGUGAGUUGCUGAACUAUACGGAUGAGCAAAUAACAAAGCUCCGUCAGAAUGAGAUUAUUCAAUGAUAUUCUCAGAUGCAUUUGAAACAAAAGAUCUAUGAUAUUAAAAAGCAUUUAAUGAGACAUAACUUUUUUAUUAGAUUGU